GUCGCUCGUUGGGCUUCACUCAACGCGUUCUGAAGGCUAAUAAAUUAUACACGUCCGACGUACCGGUCGCCAUUCUCAAGGUGAACGCCCUACGAGUCGAAUGCAACGUUACGACGGGCGCUUACAUCAACGAACGUAAAGUGCACACCAUACACGAAUUCUUUCCGGUCGUGCCACCCGGAUACAAGAUCAUAGAGGUGCCAUCACACGUCAUUUAUCUACCGAUCGCUACCAAGACGAUAGAUCACCUGCAGCUGCGAAUAGUCGAUCAAGACGGGGAUCUGGUGAAUUUUCAAGGAGAAGUCAUAACGAUCAGGCUGCACGUCAGAUCCAUGCGAUAAUGGGUAUCGUCUAUAAUAGAAAAA